AAAACGGAAGUCCAUUGAUCGUGACGAAACAUCACAGUCAUACGGCAAGGAGUCAUCGUAUGUAGACAAAACCAACGAUUUUCUUCCUUCACACAAGUCGCACAACAACUUUGUGUUACAAAAAUGUCGCUUGACAAACAUCUAUUCAAUCUGAAGUUCGCAGCUAAAGAUCUUGAAAGACAGGCAAAAAGAUGCGAGAAAUCAGAGAAGGAAGAAAAGGUGAAAUUGAAGAAGGCUAUACAAAAAGGAAACUUGGAGGGUGCAAAGAUACAUGCUGAAAAUUCAAUUAGGCAAAAAAAUCAAGCACUUAAUUAUCGACGAAUGUCAGCACGGAUUGAUGCAGUAGCAGCUCGUGUUCAAACAGCAGUCACAACACGACAAGUGACAAAUUCCAUGGCAGGUGUAGUGAAGUCCAUGGAGAGCGCCAUGAAAUCAAUGAACCUUGAAAAGGUAUCGCAAUUGAUGGAUAGGUUUGAACAAUCUUUUGAAAACCUUGAUGUGCAAUCUCAAGUAAUGGAAGGUACUAUGUGCAACACCUCCACACUUACAACGCCACAGAAUGAGGUUGACAGUCUUAUGCAACAAGUUGCAGAUGAAGCAGGGCUGGAACUGAACAUGGACUUGCCUUCAGCUCAGGGCUCAGCAGUUGGUUCUCUAGCUACUACCCAGGCAUCUCAAGAGCAGGAUGAACUCACUUCAAGGCUUGCCAAGUUGCGGCAGAUGUGAUCAGAAUUUUCAAGGCUACUUGUAACAUAGAUUGAAACUUUGGGUGAAGGCAACAGCUUGCUCAUCCUUAAAUUUUGAGAAGAAAGAAAAGAUGAAGAAAUCAGAACAGCACCUAGCUGCUUUGUUAUGCCAGCAGUGGUCACCUUUCUGUUGCAGGUGUUUGCAUGAGGAAAGUGGCCUAGGAGCUAUUUCAGAACUGUUAAUUUCAUCUAAAGUUGACAUUCAUUCUGAACAAGUAAAUAGAAUGCUUCUUCAGA